AAAUGCUUCUUAGCCGCCGACUCGCAAAUCGGGUCUUCGAGAGCUCGUCUUUUCACCCUCGUCGCUUUCAUUCUCUCUGUGCGCGCGAAGAUGGGAGACUACAACGAUGCGAUGAUGCGAAAUCCUAACGCCGCCGUGCAGGCUCGUACCAAGGCGCAGAAUCGCGCUAACGUUCUUCAGCUAAAAUUGAUUGGGCAGAGCCAUCCAACUGGUCUUACUAACAACCUUUUAAAGCUCUUUGAACCUCGCCCUCCUCUGGAAUAUAAACCUCCUCCAGAAAAGAGAAAAUGCCCACCAUAUUCAGGAAUGGCUCAAUAUGUCAGUCAUUUUGCUGAACCUGGGGAUGAAGAAUAUGCACCUCCAGUUCAAAAAGCUGAAACUCCGGCGCAAAGAAAAGCUAGAAUUCAUAAGCUUCGCUUGGAGUUAGGAGCACAAAAGGCUGCUGAAGAGCUUGAAAAAUAUGAUCCUCAUAAAGAUUCAAAUGCAACUGGCGAUCCAUACAAAACAUUAUUUGUGGCCAGGCUUAGUUAUGAAACAACCGAACAUAGGAUCAAAAGGGAGUUUGAAGCUUAUGGCCCAAUUAAACGGGUUCGUCUGAUUAUGGACAAGGAGACGAAUAAACCUAGAGGAUAUGCCUUCAUCGAGUAUAUGCAUACACGUGACAUGAAAACUGCAUACAAGCAAGCUGAUGGUAGGAAGCUUGAUAAUCGAAGGGUAUUGGUUGAUGUUGAGCGUGGUAGAACUGUUCCUAAUUGGCGACCUAGGAGAUUGGGUGGUGGACUUGGAUCCACAAGGGUCGGAGGUGAAGAAGUUAACCAGAAGCAUUCUGGAAGGGAGCAACAGCAGGCAGCAUCUGGCCGACCCAGAUCAGAGGAGCCUAGGGCUCGGGAAGAAAGACACCUUGAUCGGGAAAGAGAAAGAUCUCGUGAUAGGGGAGGUAGGGAUAGGGAUCGGCGGGAGAAAUCACAGGAACGGUCACAUGAUAGGACACGAGAUAAGGAUCUCCGAGAAGAUAGACACCACCAUAGAGAUCGUGAUAGAAAUAGAGAAAGAGAGAGGGAGAAGGAAAGAGACCAUGGUCGUGAUCGUGAUCGUGAACGCGAUCGUGAUCGUGAUCAAGGCCGUGAUCGAGGUCGCGAUCGAGAGCGAGAAAGAGACGUCAACCGGGAUUUUGAGCGCCGCCCUCGUGACCGUGAUCGCGAGAGGGAUCACACACGAGAGCGGGAGAGGGAUAGAGACUAUGAGCGUGCUAGUCAUGAUAAGGAUCGUGGUUAUGCUCAUGAAAGAGAUGCAGACUAUGAUCACGUUGAUGUGGCACAUGAACAAGAUCGUCAAGGUAUUAAAGUAAGGGAAACGAAUCAUGGUGAUCCAAACCGUGGUCGGGAGUAUUUGGAUGGUUCUGUCAAGCAUGGGCAUGAAGAUGAGUAUGGUCAAUACUACCAGCAGAAGGAUCAGCAGUAUGAUCAUGAGCCUGAAUACUAUGAGCAUGGACAUUAUGGCAAGGAAGGUGGUGCUGAUUAUGAGGGACAAUACAAACGGGCAGAGUCUGAACCCCCUGAGGAGGGAGAGGCACCCAGGGACCAUGAGUAUGAAUACCACCGUUCUGAAAGAUCCCUAUCCCGUGAGUAUCGACACUGAUGAUUUGUGCUUGUGGUUGCUGCGAGUUUAUUUACGGAGGUGUUUAUAAAGCAGCUUCCUACUGGCUUGCGCUUGUAAGGCUAGUGUUUCUGAAUUUAUGCUUCUAGUAUUCGAGAAUGUCUGUGGGGUAGUAUUUUCUCUUUUUGAAUAUCUUUAACAGAAAAAGACUAUCUGGCUGGGCCAUGGAAGAUAUGAACAAUAAUGGUUUUGAUGUUAGUAUUCUGCUCUGGCUCUCCUAUCACUGAGAAUUUUUUAUGCUUUUUGACAUAAAAGCUUGUAAUCUGAUACUUUAACGUUUGUGUGAAAAGAUCUAGUUGGUGUCAUUUGUUUGAUUAUUUUUUGUCA